UGGACUCAAGGUAAACACAAGGGAACAAACUUCACUUUGAAAGGGGCUCUACCAGUUAGCUCUUGUCCAAACCUUUGCCAUCAUGGCUAUCUACAGCUUUUUAUUCCUAUUCCUGCUCACAUUCCAUGUGUUUGGAGAGGGUUUUGUACUUAUGCCCAUUGAACUCGCUCCUAUCCCAUGUAAUGACAAAGCAGUGGAGAAGCUCUCUCGUCUGGCUGUGACUUACAUCAAUGAGGAUCGCACCGAAGGCUACAAAUUUGCUCUUAACCGUAUUACAAACGUCUACCUGCAUGCUCAGGGCCCUGCGGGCAACGUGUACUACCUGGACCUGGAUGUCCUAGAGACCAAGUGUCACACAGGCAGCCCAAAACCAUGGAAACGCUGUGACAUCAGACCAUUCAUGGAAACACAAAUAUCUGGCAACUGUAACACCACCAUUCUGCACACCCCAGAGGGAUACUCCUACCUGUACAGCUAUGACUGUGCUCUAGUGCCUGAUCAUCCAGAAAAACUCCAACAGACCUGUCCGACCUGCCCGCUCCUGCUUCUCGUAGACAGCCCUGAAGCUGUAAACGCUGCUCAGAUAACUCUGGCAUCCUACAAGAGGCAGUCCACUCUGGGAGCCGGUCUUGGAGUGAAAAGGAUUACUCGAGCUGCAGAGCAGGAAGUGCCAGUUAAAACAGUCUUUGUGGAGUACACAGUCCAAGAUUGUCCAGAGGGAUUUACAGAGAGCGGCACCUGCCAGCACCUCAAAAGUGAUACAGAGACUGCAGGUUUCUGUACAGGAUCUGUGCAGGGAGAGAUGAACAAUCAUCCUGAUGUCCAGGUGUCCUGUGAAAUGUUUAAAGUGAAGCAGAAUGUGGAUGUGAUCCAACCGGUGCAGCCACAGGGUCAUGACCUCCCCCAAGAAACAGGAAGUGUUCUGGAGUCUUUCCCCACUGACCCGCCAUUAACCACAGUUGGGCAGCCAGUACCAUUUGAGACAACAGCUGCUACCCUUGUGCCCUCAGAUUUCCCAGUUGUCGUUAACCCUCCUGCCACACUCUCGUCCUCUUCCAGCGAGUCGGCUGAAAGUCUAGUAAAUCAGCAACAGCAACAAACCAGCACUUCUGACUCAUCAUCUGAAGAAAUUGGUGGUCUUGUGGCUCUGCGUCCACCCUUUGACUUCCGCUACAAGAGGCGGGACCGUAGGAAAAGACAGGCCUUGAUGGAGACCACACACCCCACACCUCACCACCCAGUGUUCCUGUCUGAUUUCCCCAGCGGGCCCUCUCCCUUCCGAUCCUGCCCGGGUCCUUCUCGAUAUGCCACAGUGUAGCUUAUCUUGAUCUGCAAUGAAAUCCAUUUCUUCAUGCAUGAUUUACCCAGAGAGACCCUGGACCAAUAAUUGGUUCUACUCUCGCUCACUGGAGGAAAAUGAUAAUUUGUGCUAAUGAGAGGAAUUCUGUAUUGUUAGCUGGCCCUGAAAUUACCUCUCAAAUGUACUGUAACAGUUGUCCCAAAGCAACUCAAACAUGUAUUUGCAAAUGUCGUGAAACAUAUAAAAAAAUCAUAAUAAUGAUGAGU